AUGGCAACCCUGAAGGAGAAGAGGACGUGUGGCCAGCGGUGUGAGGACUUCGGUCGCUUCGUGUGGAACUCAGACACUGGGACCAUGUUCGGAAGAACACCUGAGAAAUGGGUGUACAUCAGUUUGUACUAUGUAGCAUUCUAUGUGAUAAUGACUGGCCUGUUCUCUCUGGCCAUCUGGACUCUGAUGUACACCCUGGACCCCUACACUCCAGACUACCAGGACCGCUUAACAUCACCAGGGGUGAUGGUCUGGCCGCCUACAUACAUUGAGGAGGAUGUAGUACUCAGCUACAACAUGUCUGAUAAAGCCAGCCAGAGGAAGAUGUCCAACUGCCUCAGCAACUUCCUCAAACCCUACAAUGACACGUCUCAACAGUCUAACUGUAACUGCACCCAGGGAGAGUACUUCAAACAGGAGAAGUUUGAGGCGCCACACCACACCAAGUACUCCUGCCGCUUCACCCAGAGCAUGCUGGGACGCUGCUCCGGCCUGGACGACCCCAUGUUCGGCUACAACGGCACCAUGCCCUGCGUCAUCAUUAAGAUGAACAGGAUCAUCAACUUCCUGCCCAACAACGGGACUGGUAUGGCUCCUCAUCUGAACUGCACUAUACUGAGUGGCCAUGCUAACAUAGACAUGAUCGAGUACUUCCCCCCCAACGGAACCUUCGACCUAUCCUACUUCCCAUACUACGGCAAGCUGGCUCAGCCCACCUACGUUAACCCACUAGUGGCUGUGAAGUUCCAUCUGGUCAAAGAGAGAGAGGCUAAGAUCCAGUGUCGUGUGGUGGCCCACAACAUCGCCUAUCAAGACUCCUACGAACCAUACCAGGGGAAGGUGGUCUUCCUGCUGAAGGCUCUGAAAUAA